AUGGGAUCUACACACUACAACGACCCUGAGGAUAGGAAGUCGCUCGACAGCGUCAACAAAGACAAUGUCUCCAUCACACAAACUGGUUUCAUCACCACGAUAGACGCCAAGAAGGAGAGAGCGGUGGUAUGGAAGUUGGAUCUCCAUCUAUUGCCCCUUCUUGCUGUCAUGUAUCUCUUCAACUCUCUGGACAAGUCGAAUAUGGGCAAUGCCAAAACAGCUGGUCUGGCCAAGGAUCUCGGACUUCACGGUCACCAAUACAACCUCAUCUUGUCCAUUUUCUACGUGCCCUACGUCCUUACUGCACCUUUCCUCGCCGCUUUGGGAAAGAAGUAUGGACCGAGUAGAGUAUUGCCGUGCAUGAUGUUUGGAUUCGGUACUUGCACGCUUCUUGUCGUCGCUGUGCAGAAUUUUGGUGGAUUGAUGACUAUUCGCUGGUUUUUGGGCAUGUGCGAGAGUGCAUUUUUCCCUCUCGUCAUCUACUAUCAGACCAUACUCGCCAUCUUCUACGCCGCCCAAUCAAUCGCCAGCGCCUUCUCUGGUCUCCUCUCCUUCGGCGUUUUCCAGAUUCACGGCGGUGCUCUUGCACAUUGGCGCUACCUUUUUAUCAUUGAGGGAUCUGCCACCAUCAUUGUGUCGGCUAUCGCCUUUUGGUACCUGCCUCUCUCCGCUGCCGACGCCCACUUCUUGACUCCUGAGGAAAGAGAGAUUGCCGUCCACCGUAUCCAAGUGGACAGUUCGGCUGUUGUCAACGAGGAGUUCAAGUUGGGCCGUGCUAUGACCAUCUUCAAACACCCUACCACAUGGGCCUUCUUGGCAAUCGAGAUUUGCUUGGGUGUGCCGCUGCAGUCGGUCAACCUCUUCCUUCCGCAGAUUGUACAGCGAUUGACCAACUUGUACACCGUCGCCCCCAACAUCACUGGUGCAGUCAUGCUGCUCAUCCUGGGAUUCUCUUCCGAUCUUACACGCUGGAGAUUCCCCUUCAUCGCUCUUGGAUUUUUCUUCACCUUCUGUGGUUUCGUCAUCUACUCAGCCAUCGAUGUCAGCGCCUCAUUGACCGUGGCUUACUUUGCCACUUUCAUGAUGACCUGGGGCACCAGCGCUCCAUCAGUACUGCUGGACGUCUGGUACUGCAACAACAUCGCCGACGAAAACAAGAGAGCAGUACUUACUUCCAUCGCUGUGCCAAUGGCAAAUUUGAUGGGAGUUGUUUCGAGCAAUAUCUUCCUCCAGCAAGAGGCGCCUAAAUACAUGACUGCAUUGGCGACUACUGCUGCGUUUGGCGGCACUGGUAUUGUGUUGACUCUUCUGCUUGGUUUGUGGAUGAUCUAUGACAAUCGCCGUCGCGAUAGAGCACAAGGAGUCAAUCUGAGGGCUAUCGAUGUGCCCACUGAGAAGUUGGGAGAUGGACCUGCUGCUGAUGAAUUCAGAUGGUUCUACUGA